AUGAUUACGACACGAACGACACGCCGCGAGUACCAGGGCGGCAGCGGCGGCAGGCGGCGGAGUAAAUUAGGCGCGCGGCGGACUCUCGACGCGGAGCUCGCACCCGUCGCGCGCACUCAGCGAUAUUGUUAUCGGCCCGCCUCGCUCGCAGAUAGGGCUGUCACUGAUUUUAUUAUCGAUAUGUACAACGUGCUUACAUUCAAUUCUCAAUACUUUGUGAAUAAUAAUAGUAUCAAGUGCGUUGAAGCCGACGCCGCGUCGCCCAAUGAAUCAGCGGGCGGCAACGGAGCCGUCGCGCCCGCGCCCGUGCCGCAACGUCCCGUAAGCGCGCGUGAAACCUCACCCACCUCUGCGCUCCUGGUACUUAUUGGGUGUAGGCAGAGCCCUCUUAUGGUCAUGCUGUGG